GAUUGCAUCAAUUCGUACUCUCGUCUGGACACCUUCACCCUUUGUCCACGAUGUGCUUGCCCGUUAGAUCUUCAUCAUCCGAGAUCAGCACAAGUUUUCAAUAAUCUCGCACAACACAUCAAUGAGUUCAAGUUGUUAUUGGUGGAAUAUGAGCAAGCUCUUCGCAACGGAGGUGCGAGUGCAGUGGCCACAAUUGCUCAAACGCAAAAGCUUUUCGAGGUUCAUGCAGGAAUCGAUGAAGAUUUGGAUGAUCAGGCUGCUAGAAAUGAGGCGAUAAAUGAUUUCAUCAGCACUCAAAGAGUAUGUGAUCCGAUACCGGAAGAAGGGAAUGAAAGAUCCCGGGAAAGUAGUUAUUCAGAAGAACUUAAUGACACACCACCUCCAAAACUAAAGUCUAACGCAAAUAUCGGAGCAAAUGCUAAGCCAGCUGUUGAAUUUGCUGAUUGCUUCGACGACUUUUCUGAUGAGGAAAUCACAGCAACAACUCCGAAGGCCAACGCCAUUUCGGACAGUAUACCAGUAUUAGGUGAACCUAUUAUGACUUCGACACAGAGACCCACGUUAUUUCUUUCUCAAGCUGUGCAUGCACGCAGUGAUUUGUUCGGAAGGGAACCCACACAGGACAAAGCGCCUUGGUUGGAUCUUCCGACGAAGAAACGUAGUGGCUCCAAAGAAGUCAAACAAUGGGAGCAUGGAAGCAGUACUUCAACCAUGCACGACGAUGAUUCAGUGGCUUCCAAAAGUAGUCGUAAGGGUCCUCCGGUCUCUCGUAGCCGCAGAUCGUCGUGCUCCACUCCUAGAGCACAUUCUCGGUGUUCUGAGAAUCCAAUUCUCACAGCUGUUAUGAAUGGAAACAUAGAAGAAGUUCGCAGUGCCAUCGAUGCCGGUUAUGACGUGAACCAGCGCGACGAACUGAAGCGGACACCACUAUUUAUUGCUGUGGAAAUGAAGCGUUUAGAUAUCUGCCAAUUGCUUGUCGAGCAUGGAGGAGCAGUGAUUAAUGCAAAUUGUGGCUCUGAGUGCAACACUGCGCUCCAUGUCGCCGUCUCGCAAGAAAACGAAGAAAUCGUGAAGUAUCUGCUUUCAAAGGGCGCGAGCAAAACGAUUCGUAAUAUCAGGCAGGAGACACCAUCACAGUUAGCUCAACGUCGUUCACCUCUCCGUUCUCUGGUCGAAAAGUACCGUACUCAUCCGAGGCAGCCUUAUGUGGCGCGCUUGCCGGAUGUGUAUAUUGUUUGCUACUCCAAAGAAAUCAGAAAGUCCUUAACGUAUGGGGAACAAGCGAUCCUCAGCAAGUUGAUCACGAUCCCGAGUAAAUUCCAUCGGUGCCCGAAAGAAUACAACAUGGUGUCGGCGCAGUGGGUCAUUGAAUGUGUGAUGGAAUACGCGAUCAAGUCAGUCGGUUAG